AUGGUUUUUUUUUUAAGUAGAGCUAAAAACAAAAAUCAAUUAUUUUGUGGAAAUGUGGCUAAAAACAAAAUCUUGAAAGAAGGCAUCGGAAAGCGAAUGACUAUAAUAAGUAACAUCACUGAUGAAUUGAAUAACCCAGGGCUUUCUUCCACAAGGCUAUCAGAACUGUGCACUCAAUUACAAGAUAGUGUUGAUAGUAGAUAUGCAGUGAAAGAUGAAGUCGAGCUUAUCGAGUCUCUAUCAUACCACUCCAUAUACAAAGGAGUAGACCUGCGGAUUAAUAACGACGUUUUAAAAACUAUAGACUGUUACUUUCGGCGGAAUGUGCAUGACUAUGAUGGUAUAAUCCAAGCCCUUAUUUCCUCGCUACAGCCGUUACUUUUAAAAGGUAAAAGUAACUCAGAGCUCCAAGAGCAGCAAAAUCUCGGCCUCAAACCAGUACUUGGAAUGUCAUUGAAGGAAGACCAGCUCAAGGAAGCGUGGAUACGUCAAGACGGCUUGAAGAGCAUUCCAUUAUUUUACGUAAUCCUACUACAUAUAAAAAGAAAAGACGUAUCGACAAAUCUAUCUUGGAUCAUUCCAGGAAUUCUAAACAUACUAGAUGAUACCACUGAUUUAAGGAAAAUUAAACUUCGCGGUGUUUUUUUGCUUCAGACAGCUUUAGACCAUACAUUUAUGCACGAAAUCAAUGACUCCAAAUGGAUACAGUUCUCAAGUACUGGUUUAUUCCCACUGUUCGAAAAGACCUUGAUUAAUAUGUGCUAUUUUCUACCGCCUUCAUACGAUGCUAAUGAGACAUUAGCGAUAUGGCAACUAGUUUUCCCAACGAUCAAUUCCUUAUAUAAGGUGGAAUUUUUCAACGAGAAAAAUAAAUACCAGUAUCACCUAGAAAAAUUCAUGUCUGAGAUUCUUCUACAGAAUAUUAUUCCUAGGGCAAGUCUGAACUACGAGAAUUUGACGUUAUAUGCAUUAGAAACAACAGCAACCGUACUCAAAAUGCAAAAAGAAGAGUCUGUCGUACAUCUCCAAAGGCUCAUUUAUGUCCUAGGUGAAUAUAUAGUCAGAAAUCCCUUUUACACUACUUUCCCAAAGCUAGUUUCGAAGGCUCUUUCAGUGGUAGACAUCCUUUUAACGGUCUGCCCACAUGAAAGAAUAGAGGCUCACAAGUUCGACAUUUUGUCUUUGAUCCUGAUUACAUAUGACAAGUGUUCACAAGAGAAUGCAUUAAACGAGUCGAUUGAGUUGCAGUGCAAGGGGACGAUGAGGGGUUUAUUGCAUUAUAACUACGGUAUGGAAGACGAGUUGUCCACUUUGUCUAAUCAACCACGUUUUCGGUUACUAUUUGAGUCAUUGUAG